AUGGCCGACAAAGAACCCACUCCCGUUGAAGACGCUGCCGCUCGUGCCAAGGAGGCCGAGGAGCAGGCUACUCUGCCCUACAAGUGGACGCAGGUCAUCUCUGAGCUUGACAUCACCUUUACCGUCCCCGGGAACUACAAGUCUAGAGAUCUCGUGAUUGAGAUCAAGAAGAACAGCCUCCAGGCGGGUGUCAAGGGUCAGGAACCCCUCAUCAAGGGCGACCUCCCCCACCCCAUCCACGUCGACGACUCAACCUGGACGCUGAGCACCAACACCGACGGCACCAAGACGGUUGAGAUCCACCUCGACAAGAUGAACAAGAUGGAGUGGUGGGCGCACGUCGUGACCAACGCUCCCAAGAUCGACGUGUCCAAGAUCCAGCCCGACUCGUCCAAGCUGUCUGACCUUGACGGCGAGACGCGCGGCAUGGUUGAGAAGAUGAUGUUUGACCAGCAGCAAAAGGAGCGCGGCCUGCCCACCUCUGACGAGCAAAAGAGGCUCGACAUUCUCAAGCAGUUCCAGGACCAGCAUCCCGAGAUGGACUUUAGCAAGGCCAAGAUUAACUGA